AUGAAGGAUUCCUCGAAAAGUGAAAUGGGAGGAAGCUCACCCUGUGCUUCUUGCAAGCUUUUGAGACGCCGCUGCACCAGAGACUGCAUCUUUGCCCCAUACUUCCCUUCCGAUGACCCUUACAAGUUUGCCAUUGUUCACAAGGUGUUCGGUGCUAGCAACAUCAGUAAAAUGUUGCAGGAGCUUCCGGUUCAUCAGAGAGGAGAUGCAGUGAGCAGUUUAGCUUAUGAAGCAAAUGCAAGAGCGCGAGACCCGGUGUAUGGAUGCGUUGGGGCGAUUUCGUACCUACAGAAUCAAGUGUCUCAGCUGCAAAUGCAGCUUGCGGUUGCUCAAACGGAGCUACUUUGCAUGCAGAUGCAGCAAGAGCCUACCGUGCCGGUGCAGAUGGAGCUGGCAGCUGAUGAUGAGAAAUCACUUGUUCUUUCGAGUCAUAACUUCAGUAAUCUUCAACAGUAUCUCAACUUCGCUAAUUCUUCUGGCAAUGUAAUCCAAGAUCCUCCAAAGAGGGAGUCUCUUUGGACAUAA